AACACUACCAUUUGGUUCCCGGAAGUGAAAAUAACGAAGAGCAACGCGCCUUUUCCGUCCAGGCUUCCGUAGGAGGCCAGAAGCUAGCUUGCUUGGCGCCUGUGCGAGUUGGAAUAAAGAAGCUGACCGCGUGUUCACCGUCCAUCGCCGAAUUGUUUUUAGAGGACAGCAUGGGCAAGAAGCAGAAUACCAAGAGUAGGAGGGAUUCUCAGGGGGGGCAGGGCACACAAGAGGAACCUGAGGAAUUUGUGGUGGAAAAAGUUCUGGACCAGCGUAUUGUGAAUGGGAAGGUGGAGUUCUUCCUCAAGUGGAAAGGAUUUACAGAAGCUGACAACACCUGGGAACCAGAGGAGAACUUGGAUUGUCCGGAGCUCAUCAACGCUUUUCUCGAAGCCCAGAAGAACAUAAAGGAGAAGUCGGCUUCUCUGAAGAGAAAGGCGCCCGCGGACGAAACCGAGAUGGAUGCGAAGAAAAAAGAUGCCCCCGAGAAGCCCAGAGGCUUUGCGAGGAAACUCGAUCCAGAAAGAAUCAUCGGUGCGACGGACAGCAGCGGGGAGUUGAUGUUCUUGAUGAAAUGGAAAGACUCUGACGAAGCCGACCUCGUCCCGGCCCGCGAGGCCAACACCAAGUGCCCUCAAGUGGUCAUCGCCUUCUACGAGGAGAGGCUAACAUGGCACUCGUGUCCAGAGGAUGAAGCUCAGUAGUCGCUGCCAGCGGGGGCCGCCUUGCACCUCCUUUAACCACCCACGCCCCCCUUUUUUCCUCAGGACUGACUCUCCUUCGUUGGCCCGGCCUUCUAGUUUUAGCUGUUGUAGGAUUUUUUUGGGAAGAAGGGGUGAGGGUUGUUUAGUCCAUCUUCAAAACGGACCGUCGGAGAUGGCAAUUGUUCCGCACGAUCGAUAUGUCCGCAAAAGUGUUCCAUUUUAAAGAUGCGUUGUUGGCGGCAGUUGCCGCUUGUUCCCAGAAUUGCUUUUGGUUGCGCGUAACGUAUGGUGUCCGCAUGCCGUUUGCUUUCGCCAUCUCGCGGGCAAGUUUUGUCUGUCGUCAUUUUCCUUCUGUUGUUUUGUCACCAUAGUGUUGUUGUUUUUUUUGUGUAAAUAUUGCUUUGACUCCCAAUAAAGUUUUUUUACCAAA